AUGUUUUGCUAUCUAGGUACAGAAGACGACGGCGAGAAGACGAGCGUAGAAGUAAGUGGAAAGGUUAUUGUUGAAUUUCACUUUGUGUGCUUUUCAAUGUGUCAUUUGGUCAGACCAUAUAACGCCUGAGUCGAUAUGAAGUUGAACUGAAGCUAACACUACACUGAGAUCCUCCAGUUUGACUUCAUAUCGACUCAGGUGCUACCUGACCUUACCAAAUGACACAUUGAAAAGCACACAAAGUGAAAUUCAACAAUAACCUUUCCACUUACUUCUUUGCUCGUCUUCUGUGCCUAGAUCGUACAAACAUCGGUGCAUCAUCAUUAUUGGUCCCCGGCAGCUCACUUCUGUUGUCACUUUUUAAAAUUUGCAUCCUUUGAUUUUUACAGAAGAUACCUUUUUUUGGCAUUGCAACUUUUUUUUGCGAUGUUAACUUCCGUUGUGGCUUCUUUUAUUUUGUAUUCUUUUUUUACUUGCAGCAGUUCUCAGCCACCACAGUUUUGCCCCAGAGGUUUCCCUGUGAAUUCCCAGCUGCUCCUGAACGCAGCAUCGAUCACAACGAGAGAAGAGCGCUCGUUCCUGCGCCUCAUCGGUUAUGUCUCUCAUCUGAUCUCAGGGCAGGACGGUAUCAUGAGCUGAGGAUUUUCCGCAGUGUUAUGAUGGUUUGUGAGCUGUUUAAAGGGUGAGAGGCUCCUUACGUGUGUGGUGGUGUUCGUUUAGAUUUAGCUUUAGUUUAGUGUUUGGUACUUGGAGUAUUUGUUAUAUAUAUAUUUUUUCUUUUUUUUCCUGAACCUCUCGGUAGUUUAGCCUCUGGGACAGUCUCGGACUUGUUUUUUGUGGCAGCGCAAUGACACUGGUGUAUUCUAAUUUUGUGGUGGAAUAGCGACACAUGUUCGGCAGAUAGGCUGCUUCUUGUGUCACCUAAACGCAGCCGGGACCGGACAUUUUUUACCAAGUCUGAGAGAAGAAGAAGAAGAAGGGGACGCAACAUGUUUGAAGCUUCAGGGAUCCCUCUCAUCGUGCUGGACAUUACCUGCCUUAUCCUCGGUACGUUAAUCUCAUCCUCCCCUGCCUGUCAAACUAACCUUUAAUCCGCUUUGUUUAUUUACCACCAAAUUGCAGCUUGUUCAACUUUUAGACUCAAACUAAGGCAGCCCAAUGUUACUGCUUCUGUAGAUACCUACAGUCUAAGCAAACUCAUCUCCAUAUCGUUUACAUAGACGUCAUGUAAAUACUCAUGGGAAGGCUUGAGGUUUAGAGAACUAGGCAGGAAGAUGGAAAAAAGGGCAACAAGUCACACCCUGUGUGUGUUUUUCUUUUUUCCUAGCAAAGCCGUAUUUUUAGCUCCAUGUUUGGAGUGUAAUCACAGCAUAGAGACACCCUCCGGGAAGACAAAAAUGCUGCUGUGAUACAGAUGAAGAUGAAGGAAAAGAACCUUUGACCAAACUUAGAUGCACACUGAGUUCGAUUUGAUCACUGCCAUCUUUGAUAAGGAUAAGAAAACACGUAAAGCUCAAGAAAUCUUAUCCUCUGAGUAAUUUCACUCGCUUGCUGUGCUUACUCAGACUGUCUUGUGGUCUGCAGUGCUGCUGACUGUGCACCCAUCCUCUCAUUUAGUCAGUGAGCUGGCAGAUACCACCAACUGGAAAAUCCAAGUCAGGUUCAUCACAAGUCUUCUUGUGCUUUGUAAACUCUGUCAGAAGUGCUCCUGUGAAUCCAUAAAUGUGCAUACUCUUAACUUGGGAAGUGACAGGAAUAGUAUCUGCAUUUACAGCUGUGAUUAUUAAGGACGGAGUUUUUAUUUGAAGGUAGCCCUUUAUUGCCUUUUGGAUCAUAUUUGAUACAUACUUUUACGAUACUUCUAUCAAACCAAUAUGAUCAACAAAUUACUAAAAAAACACCCGAAUACAGUCUGAUAAAUGAUAAAAAUGUCCUCUUGUGGUUUAUCAGUUUUCAAAAACAUCUAAUGUAUCAAACAAGAUAGAUAAAUGUAUUUGUUGGAUUUUAAGAACAUUUUGAUUUGUUUGGUUUUCAGUAGUGAGUGAAAUUAACAUUUUAGCUCCAAAAAAAAAAAGAAUUUUCUGGCCAUAACUUGUGGUUUCAGGCAUUAAAGGGUUAAGUAACGUCUCAACAGGAUCAGUGAAUUGGAAAUGCCCCUUGUCAAUAUUAUAACAUAAUAUUCGUCAUUUGAUCAUUAUCAGUUGUAUUACAUCAGAGUACAAGCAAAUUAAUUCUUGUAAUUGGUCAACAACAAGCACAUACACUGUUUUGUUGUUCAUUCUGAAACUGUGUUGUGUAUUUUAUCAUGAUGAUGAUUGGUUUAAAGUUUACAUUAUGAGUAAAAUUUUGUUUGUUAUACUUAAGUUACUCAAACAGGUGUGGCAGAGUAAAAAGUGAAAAAGUUUGCUCUAAGUAAUGGUAAAAAGGGAGUGGUUUUGUAGAAGUAAAACAUAAAUUAAAGCUCCUGUGAUUUCUUAGACAUAAAGAAGUUUACAUUAUAACUUUAUUUCAGUGUUGUGUAAAGGGGAAGUUUAGUCUCUUUGCUAGUUUAAUAGAAGAAGAAGGAGAAACCAAAGGGAUGAGCUCUAAAAGACACAAAAGAUCAAAAGGGGAAGAUAAGGUGGUAUCAGCCCGCUCAAACAAAUCAGGUUUACUUACUCUUGUAUUAUUAUCAUGAUAAUUUUCCUUUUGAUAAACAUCUGCAUGAUCAGAUCAGCAUGCUCAUUCUAUGUUAAUCCCGGACUUUAGAAGUCAACAACAGCAAAAUAUCUUCAGCAGUGGGUUUAAAGAAACAGGCCCAAACGGAACUGUGUGAGUGAGUGAUAACUCAUUUAGUCGAGGAGCACCACUGACAGUCAUUGUACUUGGAAGAGUGCCUGGAGUUGCAUUAGCUUUUUUCCCCCUUUUUCAUCCAUCUUAUUUUAGUCUCCCUGGAGCAAUCUGCAAAUGAAACAAAUAGAGAAGGGAAUAUCGUGUUUGUAACAAGAACAAGUGGAAGCAUGUUUUCAUUGUUUUUUUACGAGUAACUCCUGACCUGUUUACCCUCAUACCUUAGUUGUUCCAGUAUGACUUGAAUUACAGCAGGAUUUUUAUUGCAACUUUUUGUCUUCCUGCAUGUUUGUGCAGCAUUGCUCUGACAUAACUCAGGGCCUUGAGGGGAAACACCCAUGUCACCCAAACAAACGAUGUUUCUUUGAACUGAACAUUAAGUUUGUGUUUAUUGUAGCAGCUGUGACUCAUCAGUAUGAGCAACUCGAGCAUUUUCUGAUGCUUGAAGACAUGGUGUAAACUAUAAUUAUAUAAAAGAAGAUAAUAAUCUGUCUUUGUGCUUCCUUCUCUAACAGUUGGACUUCCAUUUUUCAUUCUUACCCCUCAACAUGCUCCUUUCAAACGGGGUUUCUUCUGUAACGAUGACUCCAUUAGAUACCCACUCAAAGAAGACACCAUAUCCUACCAGCUGCUGGGAGGUGUCAUGAUACCCUUCACGCUUAUAGUGGUAAGGAAUCACUGCAGAGUGACUCUCAUCUAUUUAUUUUUGUCUUUUUGUGUGUUUUCUUGUGCCUCAUAUUUUCACAUCUUGCGUUGCAGAUUGUCUGUGGCGAGUGCCUUUCUGUUUACCUGUCUCGUAUCAAGAACCAGUCACUGGGGACCAAGUAUGUGGGGUGUGUCUACAAAGUAGUGGGGAGCUACGUGUUCGGAGCUGCUGCGAGUCAGUCUCUGACAGACAUUGCGAAGUAUUCCAUCGGCCGCCUGAGGCCAAACUUCCUGGCUGUGUGCAAACCAGCCUGGGAUCGCAUCAACUGCAAAGCCGGUGGAUACAUUGAGAACUUUACCUGUAGUGGAGAGAAAUUUCUGGUGGAUGAGGCCAGGUAAUAGUCCCCAAAUUACACAUAAAAUAAAUGAAUAAACAUGUGAUUGAAUAAAUGCUUUUCUAAGGAUAAUGGAGCUAUAGUUAUUGUCAGUUUCCCCCAACUUUAAAUCAUUUUUUUAAUCUCAUGGGCCAAGACAAACCAGCCUUAAAACUCCUGUGAGAACUUUUUUGAAGUGUCCCUACCAGUUCUUUGAACUUUGCCCUAAGUUUCCCAUUUAAAUGUGUUGUGCCAAAGUCCAAGCUAAGAUAACCAUGAUUAUAUAAGUAAAAGAUCAUGCACCACUUGAGUGGGAGCUGCUACAUAACCUUUUAUACAGUUGAAUAUGCUGCUCUGGUCUAAAGAAACAGGUGUAGUUGUCCUUUAACACAGUUCUUGAUUUAUAGUGAUACAAAAGUAUGGCAUAAACAAUUUCACUAUGAAAACUUGGAUCUGAAACAUGUUCGUCCCAAAUCUCUCUUAUUUCUUUCACUGCUCUGCUGUAGACUCUCCUUCUUCUCUGGCCAUUCAUCCUUCUCCAUGUACUGCAUGCUGUUCCUUGUAGUAAGUACUUUUUUCUUCUUCAGGCGUUUACUUACAAACCUGUUAUUAAAAUAUCUGCUCUGACGACACCUGUUUGUCUUAAAGAGUGACUGUUUUCAUGUCUCUAAUUUACUGCUUUCUUUGACACUGUAGCUCUAUAUCCAAGCCAGACUGAAGUCUGAGUGGGCGAGGCUCCUGCGCCCAACUAUCCAGUUCUUCCUGAUUGCCACCGCUGUGUAUGUGGGUCUGUCCCGGGUGUCGGACUAUAAACAUCACUGGAGUGAUGUGCUUGCUGGCCUCCUGCAGGGAGGUUUAGUCGCUGUUUUCACAGUAAGUUUCAUCCUGUGAUCCAUCACAAUACUGGCAAAACAAGACAUCAUGUGAUUCCCUAGCAGUGCUUUCAAUGAUGCAAAUGAAAAUGACCUUGAAAAGGGCGCUUCUGUUGCUUUAAGACAGCGCUUCACCCCUGAACAGCAGUUUCCACCAUUGAUCCCCCUAAAGGAAAUUACCAUUAGCUCUGCACUAUUCUGCAUUUUAGUCUCACUUCUAUUUCGUGUCUUUUAUUGCCUGUUGAAUACAAGAAGGUCCUGUGGGUUUUUACAGCAUGUGUCUAAUGACUCACCCAAAAGCCAGACAGUGAGGGAGAACAGGGAAAAGUUUUAAAUUACAAGAAUGAUCAAUAAAUAAUGAAUUUGACUGAUCAAUAUUUUAAAAACUGGGUCAGCCUCAAAUCAAAAGAGGUGAUACUGUGAUUUUUUCGUAUUUUGGAAAAAAAAGUUUAAAUGUUGGAUGACAGUCCUAGUCUGAAAUUAAAAAGUUACAAAGGUAAUGUGUGUCGAAGUAAUUCCCAGAUGAGUGAGAUCAAUAUGAGAUUUGCUCAAACCGUUACAGUGAAAUUUGUCAGGUUAUAAAAAGAAACACAACAUUAUUGCAUGGCAACAGUGAAAGAGGCUUCCAGAGUGCUAGGUUCUGGAAUGCUGUGGGGGCUUAAAGGGACAGUGGCUUAAAUGAAGUGUCUCAGAGGGAGGCUGGGAUGGGGGGUUUUUAAAGACAGCAGCCUGAAAUACUGUAUGUGAAGAAGUUACUGAACUGUAAAUCAUGUAGAACUGUUAAGAAGCUAUCAGAGGGAUGACAUAGAGCUGUAAAAAAAAUGUAAAUACCAAGCAUAAUAUGGAGUGUUGGAAAAAGUGUUUGGACCUUUUUGAAAGUGUAAUUUUGUAAAAAUACAGUCAAAAUAUAUAUUAAUUUCUCCUUUUUUCUCUGCAGGCUUUCUGUGUGUCCAAUUUCUUUGAACAGCCGGUGGACCCGGUAGUGUCACAGGAAGAAGAGGCCUCACACACCAGUUUACAGGAAAACCCUUCAAAUGGGAACCACUAUGGCAGCACUGAGUGAAUCUGAGGCCUCAGAGACAAUACUGUCAAAGGACUAAUAUAUUUAAACUGCCACAGAGGACCUGAUAUACACCAAAAACUCUACAAGUGCUUGAUAUCAUGCUGGCUGGCCGUGUCUGUGCAUUUUUUAGCACAAUUUGGCACUGCAGUCUGCAGGCUUCUGCUGCUACCUUUGGAAAAGUGGCUCAGUUUUAAUAACAGGAAGAAAAGUGCACUAGAGAAGACAGUACUUUCACUUCACUGAGAAGUGGAGCCAAGGAAAUCCAACAUAGUACAGUUAACUAGGGAAUUAAAAAACAAAAUACAGCAUGUUGGGUUUACUUUAGGACAGCCUGCUUUUUACAGUGUGAGCUUGAUGAAAAUGUGGGUUUAGAGUAUAUAUCGGUCUGGUGUUGCCUAUAUCAUGAAUGAAAUUCUUUUUGCUCAGAAUAUAAUGAGUGUCUGUGUGCACACUGCAAGCAGGCUUGUAGCGAGCCUUGGACCUGUGAAAAAGAAAACCUGGACUGUGCUUUGACAAAAAAAUGGAGACCGAACUCAAAAGAAAGUACAUUUCAUGUUGGUUUUUCGCCUUAGUCAGACUGCUGCUACCUGCUGUCACGCUCAUGAUGUUAUUUUAUGAAUGAAAGUCAAUGCAUUGAUUUUUAAUUUUAUUUUUCCUUCUUUUGAUUUUUUUUUUUUUACAGUUUGAAUGAUGCUAUUUCUGUUUUUGUCCAGAUUGAAAGCUUUAAACAUAACUGUUUAAAGCAGUUUUGGGAACAUGUUUUGACAAAUAAAAAGAGCUCUGUCUUUGCUUUUUUGAUACAAAAUAAGAGGAUGAUUUUGUGUGUUUGUUGUCUGGCACUGUUGCCGAUUUGUCAGUAUUAGGGAUGGCAUCAGGGAAGAGAAACCAAGAGUGAGACUUGAAACCACUUCCUGUCAGAGGGUGUGUCAUUCUCUGUCUGCAGACUGACCAUCAAAACCACAGGCGCUCUAAUGGGCUGAUGACAAUGCCAGAACAGGUUUGCUUGAUGCCCUGCCCAAUCAUGAAUCCGGAGGUUAAGAACCUUUUAGCACAUUAUGAGACCGUCACCUCACCAAAGGAGAGCUCUAUUAGCUGAGGACACUGAUCCAUGGCUGUAAACGUCUGAGUUCAGGACAUGUGAAUAAGCCGAAAUCCCAUUACAGUGAUGGGAAGAAGUCGGCUUAAGAGAAAUUUAACACAUGUGGACAGCCAAAUUCAUAUAUGCCAAAUGACAUCGAUCAAUUCAGGUCUGUUGACAGUAUUGGGGAGAAUAUAAUGUAAUGUUAGCUAAGACACCAGAUGUUGUAACUGUAGCAGUUAGGUACCAAUAAUGCUAUCUUACCUUGAAAUUGCCCCAGAGCCUGUAGUCUUAACAUGGUUUUGUCGUUGGUUAGCAACCAGGAAACAGUGAAUUCCCUGACAAUAUCAAAACUCCACAUUUGUGCCACUGACAACAGCAUUACGAGCAUUAGAGCUUCCAACCCUGGGCACAGCAACAACAGAGCUGCUGAUGCAGAAAUGUGGCGAGUUUCACACAUUUAAGUUCUUGGCCAUUAUCUAAAUGUCACUGUGCUUUGUUUAAUGCUUUCUCACAUUUAUCUCAAUUUCUCCACCUCUCUCAGUUCCUGGUAAAGAUUCUGUUUUUUUCCACUCAUGUAAUUUCAUGCAUACUUCAGCACUUAAAUCUUGAGAAUUUCCUAACGUGAAAAUGUUGGAAGUUCCCACCAGAGACAUUUCCCCUUGUCUCCAUAUUGAUUGAAUCCUGCUGACCCCA